AUGGUCUUCUGCAGCUGCAAGCGAUCUGCCACCGUCCACGCGACACGAGGAUCAUCAGCAACAAUCACCAGCAUCGGCAGCACGGCGGACUACGAGUACGACCACGACCACGCGUCAAGCCUCGGCAAGGGCAACUUCGGCGUCGUCGUCAAGGCGCGCCACCGAGCCACGGGAAACGCCGUCGCAAUCAAGUCCCUCAGCUGCACUGACGACGACACCGCCACCGACGCCGGCCAGAUGCUCCUGCGCGAGGCCCGCUUCCUGGCCGAGGCCUCCAGCGGGAACCCUCACGUCGUCGGCUCCCACGGGCUCGUGCUCGACCCGGACACCAGCAACCACUGCCUCGUAAUGGAGUACGUCGGGCCGAAGAACCUCGCCGAGUUCCUGUCGGGCAGGCCGCCCCUCCCAGAGGCCACCGUGCGCGCCUUCAUGCGGCAGCUCCUCGCCGGGGCCGACACGAUGCACAAGCGCCGCAUCGUCCACCGCGACAUCAAGCCGGCAAACGUCCUCGUCGGGGAGGACGAAGAGACGGUCAAGAUCGGCGACCUCGGGCUGGCCAUGUCCCUGGCGACGGAGCGGCAGCCGUACGGCAAGACCGGCACGGCGUCCUACAUGGCGCCCGAGGUGCUCCUGGGGAAGCCGGACUACGACGGGCGGGUGGACGCGUGGUCGCUCGGGUGCGUCAUGGCCGAGAUGCUCACCGGCGGCGAGACGCUGUUCGAGUUCAAGGGCGACGAUGGGCGCCAGCUCCUAAGCAUCUUCUCCGUGCUCGGGGUGCCGGACUGGCCGGGGGUCACGUCGUCCCUGCUAGGGCGGCAGCGGCCGGACGACAGCCGCCUGCGGGAGCUGUUCCCGGUCGAGACGCUGUCCGAGGACGGGUUCCAGGUCUUGGAAGGGCUGCUGGCGUGUAACCCUAGAAAGCGGCUGACGGCGGCCGCGGCUCUCAAACUCCCAUGGUUCUCGGCGUCUGCUCCUCGUCCAGCCGCUGCUGCAAAGGUCAGCACGUUUGCAUUGCUGAGGAAGAAGGUGGAGGCGGCAUUGCCCGUAAGGAAGGGGUUGAGGGCCAAGAUCAUCCAACCCGAGAAGAAAACUGAUAUACCAUUUGGAUCAAUUGUAACAAAACUAGUGCAACAUAUUCGAUUGGUAAGAUAG